AUGGCCACUUUAGACAGUGUAGGCACUGCUGGUAAAGCAGCGUCUGAAGUUCUUAUAAACGUUGGGCAAAUAGUUCCACUUGUUGGUAUUAUUGCUGCGUUAUUCCGAGAAAUAAUUGCUUUAGCUGAAAAAGCAGGGCACAAUAAAAGAUUUUGUAGAAGGUUAGCUGAGCGUGUACGCGUAGCAAAUCAAACACUCGCGCAAAUCCCUAUAAAGGACGAAAAUGAUUUAGCUUUAAAGAACUAUGUUCAAGCGAUAACGAAUUGUAAGGAUUUCAUUGAAAAGAUUAGCAAUUCUGGGACAUUCAUGAAAUUGUUUACAGCCCAUGAGAUCGAAGCAGCAUAUAAGAAUGUCACUGAAGAAUUAGAUGUCGCGAUUAACCAAUUAGGGCUAACUAUGUGCAUUAGAACAAGUAAAGAUAUCGAAGAUGAUCGUAAAUUGUUCCUUUCAGAGAUAAAAACUUCAUUUCAAGUUAUUGAAGAAGUUACGAAAGACUUGUAUGACAUUGGAAUGGACGUUCAACAAAGAUUUGUUGCAUUUGAAGCCAAGUUGGAUACCAUUCAUACAGCCGUUGAUAAUGUGAGUAAAGGUGUCAUAACAAACAAUAAAACUUUGGAAAAUUCCAAAAUACCUUGCAACCAAAUUACAGAUUGUGGUGAAGAGGAUGAGGAGAAGCGUGGUCAUAUAGUGAAGAAAAUAUAUAUUUAUCAGACAGUCGCCCAAAAGGAGAUCGGACAUAUUUAUUCUUUAGAGAAUUCUUUACAAAAAUCCAUAGAACUUAUUGAAAGAGAAGUUGCCAUUCUCACUGAACUAAAAAAUUGCCAAAAUAUUAUAACAUUUUAUGGUACAAUGCAGCGUAGUGGUAAACUAUACAUUAUAUCAGAAUGGGCAGAAAAAGGUGAUCUUAACACUUACCUGAAAAAUCAUACUGAAACCUGGGAGUUCAAACUUAGAAUUGCCACUGAAAUAGCCGGUGGCUUAGUGUUCUGUCAUAUCAGUAAUUUUAGUUCUAGUCGUAAAGAGAGUGACGUUACAACAAAGGUUAAGGACAUCACACUUAGAUACAGAUGGCUUGCACCUGAGAAACUUGAAAAUUAUAAAGAUAACGAGUAUACUAAGCAAUGUGAUAUAUACAGUUUCGCUAUUGUACUUUGGGAACUGGCCGCUCAAGAAGUACCAUUUGCAGAUGUUACAGUUGUUACGGAUUUGAUAACAAAGAUAACGAGCGGAGAACGCCCACCACUAAUAAAAGAUACGCCUCCUGCAUAUGAAAAAAUUAUGCAGCAAGGAUGGCAACGACUUCCGAUAAAACGCCCGACAGCCGACCUCAUGUUUAAAGAAUUAAAAUCCUGUUAUUUAAAGUCUCUCAAACCUCUUUAA